AUGAGCUCGUUAGGGUCGCGACGAAAAGCCCGUGUAAUAAAAAUUGAUGAUGAGGACUCAGAGGGCGCCGAGAAUGCCGGCUCUGAGAUUGGUGGCGCGACAAACGCAGGUAUGUUACCCUGCCAAGUUUGGGACUGUUUGAGCCACUCAUAUGAGACUGACUCCAACUCGAUGACAGAAUCUUCACAGCCGUCCUUCAAGAUAAAACCAGCGAAAAAGGGAAACAGGCAGUCUGGCCUUCGAAAAACAUUCACCGCUGAUAAUGAGGACGACAAAGCAUCUCACAACGAUGAAGAUGGUGAGAACGGCCCUGUGGUUGUGAAAGCCAGGUUUGGCGCCCAAAAACAGAAGAAAAAGUCCAAUUCGAGACUGUCUUUUGGUUUAGGAGUUAAUGAGGAGGGAAAUGAUACUACGUCACUGGAAAAACCGUUGAAAAGGUCAAAACUAGGGCAGCGGGUGGUUGAGAACAUUGCCGUGAAGCGAGGCAUAGCCAUGAGAGGAUUUCCGACUCGAACGUCUGAAGACGAUGACGAUAGGCCUCGAUACAGCAAGGAAUAUCUCGACGAACUGCAGUCGUCCACACCCACCACACCCGUAGACUCUGCAUCUAUACCAACGGAUGGCGAUGAAAUGGAGCUCGAUGCAUCCGAGCUGGAGGGGGCUAUGAUAGUAGACUCCCCGGCGCCUGCACCUCCUGCAACCAAGAUUCAAGUACUCACCGAUGCCGAAAUCCAAGAGCGAAAAGAGCGCCGAGCAAGACUAGCGCAGGAGCAAGAUUUCUUGUCUGUCGAGGACGACGACGACGACGACGACGACAGGAGAGCCAAGAAGAAGGAAGAUACAAGGCUAGCGACCGACGAAGAUCAGAUGGGCGAAGGCUUUGACAACUUUGUCGAGGAUGGCGGGGUCUCUCUCGGGAAGCGCGCCGAGAAGCAGCGGCGCAAGCAGGACCGGGCCAAGAUGGCGGAGCUCAUCAACGCAGCCGAGGGUCACUCUUCCGAUUCGUCCUCCGACAGCGAGGCGGAGCGCCGCAUCGCGUACGAGACUUCACAGACGCGCUCCGGCAUGGACGGCCUCAAACGCCCGCGCAGAGACCCGGCCAAGGAUUUGCUGCAGAUGCCGCCGCCCAAGAUGACGCCGCUGCCGAGCCUGGCCGAGUGCGUCGCGCGUCUGCAGGCGACGCUCGGCGGGAUGGAGGCGCAGAUGCAGCUCAAGAGCGCGGCCGUGGCGCAGAUGCGAAGCGAGAGGCAGAGCAUCGCCGCGCGGGAGAGGGAGGUGCAGGCGCUGCUGGACGAGACGGGCAAGAAAUACCAGGAAGCAAUGGGAAAGACGGCGGAGCUUGGCAGCAGCAGCAAAGGGCCAUCUGCGACGACGACAACGACGACGACGACGAAAAGUGUCGUCGACGAUGACGCUUUUGCUGGCGAUCGCGGUCCGGAGAGCUUGGGAACAAGUCCAGGCCGAGGGAGGACGGCGGGCGAUGCAUUAUAG